CGAUAAACUAUUUACACAUACUGCAUAUGUAUGACAAAAGUACCGAGCGCGUUCCUUGGGUCCACCAUCUUGGAAUAAGACGAGUCACCUGUGCGUAGAGGGGGACACGCAAAACUUUGGACCCUUUUCUCCAGCGAUUGUUAUCGAAAUCGGUCGGAUCGUAUAACCGGUAGAGGUUUUGCGACGGUCAUUUUUUGUCUUCCUUAAAGAAGCGAUUUUAAGGGUUUGCGACAUUGCUAAGGUGACAAUCACACACCUGGAAAGUGAUACAGCAUGACCUAUUUAAGGAGUCUGGUUACGGUUGCCAUUUUAGCAACAUUAUACAAAGUCACCUAUGCAGUGGAUUGCUACGAGUGCAACGUCUACCAAGGCGGUAAUGGCUACCAGUGCCCCGAAGACUUCAGGGAGAGGGCAAUUAUCCAACGUCGCCAGGGAGGCGCCGUAGAAGACAUCACCGAGGACACCCCAAUCGAUCGCUGGCUGGGCGAGGUUCCCAUCAAGAGAGGGUGCGAGGCGUGCAUGAAGUUCUACACCAAGGUGGAACAAAAUCAUAGGAAAUACGAAUUCACAACUGCUACUGUCGUCUCCCGUGUCUGUGCCGGCAAGGAAAUCCAUCUGACCAAAUACGAUCUUAACAGCUGUAAGAAAAUGGAUGCCAUUGGAGGUGUUAGCGUUAGAUGUUUCUGCCAGACCGAUAAAUGCAACGGUGCCACUAAACUCGGAAUCACGUUCUCUUUAGUUUUGUCCUUAUCUUUGUUUGUUUUUAAGAGGUUGUUCUUAUAACACAGUUUUGUUAAUUGUUUUCUUGUAACUGUGUAAUAGGCACUUCUAGUAGUUCUCUAACAUAAACAACAUUUUGCAUUGUGCGCUAUGCCAAAAGAGACAUUGUAUUGUCGUGGAAAAUUGUAUACGUUAUGUGACGUCUGAUAUUAACUGUAGCAAAUUAUACUUCGAUAAAAAAGUUUUAAGAAAGGUAAACCGAAAUAGCGUUUGAAAGCUGAAUUUAUGAUUUUUCAUAUUGUUCUCACGGUCACACUUGUAAUUCUUCGAGCAGACUGUUAAGCGUUUUUGUAUCUGCUAUACAUGUUUAUUUCUCCUAAGUGAUUAUUGUGAUUUAUGAAACUACUUUAUUAUUUUUUUUAUUUUAAAGAGAAAAAAUGAAUGAUGUGGUCUUAUUUAGCGUAGAUUUAGUGUGAGAAUACCAUGAUACAGUGGACGUUUUUUAAACUUCCAAGCCGCAACAGAAGCCAAUAUCUUCGAUUGUAAAUAAUCUAUGGUUAUAUGGUUGUUAAACUGUUUGCAUGUACUUCAAAUUGUAGAGGCACUAUGCAAAUACGUAUAUAGAUUUAUUAGAUAUAUUGUAGACAACGUACGUGUCGUAUUAUUGCACCCGUCGUUGAACUUAGUCCCAGUAAACAUUAUUAAUCGCUCGCGAACGUGUAGCAUCACCCAUCAAUAUAUGAAUGAAGAUACUCAAUACAGCAAUAACAUAGGACGUCUCUUUAUGAGAUCACAUUUUAAUAAAUGUAGGCAUUAAUGAGAUUUUCAUUUGGUGCGCCCUUAAAACAACUAGCACAUUUCCAUCAGUGGCGCCAGUCGUUCUUGUAGAAUUCCUUACAACUUUGUUUGAGCCAUUUUCAUAAGUUAUAAGUGGGGAGGUGCGUCACUUUUUGCAGUUGGAAAAUAUAUAAUUCCAAUCAUUCCAAACAAUUUCCAUCUUCAGUAGUGGGUCUUUUUUCCGUAUUCGUAUCACCCGAUGUCUAGAUAUGUUGACGCCAAGUUGCAUUUAAGUCGGUUUAUACUGCCAUUGGUUGUAUGUAAUUGUCCUGCUUAAAAGACGUCAAAUUUCAUGUAUAAUUAGAAAAUCUUUUUGACAUUCAUUGUGGAUAUUGAAUUACUGACUUUGUACACGACUUAAAUAAAGAUUGUAAAUACA